UGCGUUUAUUGUUUAAAAAUGGAAAAAAAAAUUGGAGAAGUAUAGGGAAGAAAGGAAAGUCACCCCACUUCUAGAGAAAACCGUUGAAAAUAUUUUGGUCUAUUUCCUGCCUUUUUCCUGCACACACUUUGGCGCCUUAAAUUGGGAUCCUCAGGACUGCCCCCCAACUUUGGCCCUGUGCAGGAAGGGUCCCCAGGGUCAUCCCCCCGCUAUGCGCUCGAACUCUGCCAGGACAGACACUCGAGGGUCGGGCCAUAUGCGGGGGGGGGCGGGCUAUGAGGCGAGCGCUGGGCCACCGGGGCAAUGCCGAGAGGCGGGGACACAGCGGGGACGCGGCGGCGGCUCCGCCCGGGCCGGCGCUGCCGGGGUCCAGGUGCCCGCAGAACAGCCUGGUGUGCAGCAGGUGCGGUGGCGAAGCUCGCAGGUAGGCGCCCGGCCCGUCCCCACGCCCGCAUUGGCUCCGCCCCGUCACCGCAAGGCGCGCCGAUCCCCGCGUGUCGUGGUCAGGGACUCCGGGGCCGCUUGGGGCACACACUGACGGGGGCAGAGUGGGCUAGGCCCCAGGGUGCGGGGGCUCAGGCAGCCCUUUCCCCCGCUCCCCGGCCCGGCCACAGCGCAGCUUCCGGCUGGGAUGGCCCCCAGGUCCUGUGGAGCCUGCCCCGGGAAGGCGACGGCAUGAGGGGGAGAUGUCUCCGCCCCUGUGUCCCCUCCUCUCGGCCUUCUUCAGACCUGCCCUCUUUGGAGGUCGCCUCCUGCAUCCCCCAGGAAUGGGUGGGGAGAGAGAAUCACAGUCCUGGACUGGGGGGCGAGGACCCCAGGGUCCCAGGUGGGGGGCUGUCGCCACGCUGGGGGUUAGCUUUGAGAACUCUGGGGUCCAGGUGUCGUGGGAAUGACAGGUGGUCUGAUUAGGGGGCAGGGCGCCCCCAUGGGGAGGGAGGCCAGUCUUGUGGAGAGCAUAGUGCCAGCAGGAGGGCCUGUUAAGCUAGACUCUGGGCUUGUUCCUGACAAGGGCCACAGAAGGCAUCGUGGCCCACGCGGGACCCUGCACCUGCACCCCUUGGAGCCUGGUACCGGUGGGCGGGGCUGCAGGCAGGGAGGGAGGAGCUCACCCGCCUGCCAGCUGGCUGGAAGCAGGGCCCAGAGGCCCAGACUCAGAGGCUAAAGACUUAGCCGGGAUUGGCUGAUACUCCCACUGGCCCAGCCCGGUCCGCCCGGUCUCCAGGCCCCGACUCCAGGACCUGUUCAGCUUCUCGGCAGCUGACCAUUCUCUCACCCAAGCCCCUACCUCCUCAUUUUCCAUCACAAGAUCUAUAGCUGCCCCCCCCCUCCCCCAGCACAUCCUCUCCUGCACCGGCUGACUCCCUGGGUGGCCCUGAGCCUGCAGGCUCCACCCAUGCCACCUCGCGCCAGCCCCACCACCUGCAAUUGGGCCACACCUCCCCCAGCUGCCCCUCCUCUCUGGGCCUCCACCUUCCCAUGGGGGCAGGGAGGCUCCUCUGCUCCCCACCGCUCCAGCUUAGCCCUCAGCCACCCUUGCCCCUCACCCUCUCUGCCUCCGCUUCUCCUCUCCCCUCAUUUCUCAGCUCUGCUCAGGCCGACUUCUUCUUGGCUUCACAGCGCCCAAGGCUGAGACCCCCGCCAUGGCCAGCCCCGGGAAGCCUGGGGCUGGGGAGGCCCAGGAGGAGGAGGGGUGGGACGAGGGGCGCGGCCCAGGGCCACUGGCAGCGACACUGGAGCAGGCCCAGGAGCUGUUUCUGCUGUGCGACAAGGAGGCCAAGGGCUUCAUCACCCGGCACGACCUGCAGGGCCUGCAGAGCGACCUGCCCCUCACGCCCGAACAGCUGGAGGCUGUGUUCGAAAGUCUGGACCAGGCGCACACCGGCUUCCUCACCGCUCGGGAGUUCUGCCUUGGCCUGGGGAAGUUGGUGGGGGUGGAGCCUGCCCCGGGUGCUCUGCCCUCCCGGGCUCCAGAGGAAACCUUCGAGGCGGGCUGGUCGGAUGUGCAAGGCACCAGGGGCUCCCUGGAGGAGGAGGACGAGGAGGAGGAGGAGGAGGAGGAGGAGGAGAGAUUCUGCUCUGCACUGGUGCAGCUGGGGGUGGCCCGGGUCCUGGGCGAGCAGCGGGCAAUUCGGACGCUCUGGACCCAGCUGCAGCGUGAGCGACCCGAACUGCUGGGCUCCUUCGAGGACGUUCUGAUGCGGGCGUCGGCCUGCCUGGAGGAAGCGGCCCGAGAGCGGGAGGGCCUGGAGCAGGCGCUGCGGCGGCGGGAGAGCGAGCACGAGAGGGAGGUGCGAUGUCUGUACGAAGAUAUGGAGCAGCAACUUCGCGAGCAGCGCCAGCGCCUGCGGAGUCAGGACGUCCCCCGGGAGGAGCGGAGAGGCCGCCUAGAGCUGGAGCUGCAGAGUCGCGAGAAGGAGCUGGAACGCGCGGGGCUGCGGCAGCGGGAGGUGAGCGGCUGCCGGGCGGUCCCGGCCGGGAGGCGUGCACAGCGGUCCAGCCCAGGCCCCAUCCUCACCGUCCCCCAUGCACUCCUCGGCGUCCUUGAGGCCCUUGGGCCUAUGUUCCCAGCCCCGGAAUUGUUGGGAGUCAGGGGCAAACGCAGCAUCCCGGGGACGUGGGGGGGUUCUCUCCAGCCUCGAUCCCCCCACACCCCAGUUGGAACAGCAGCUGCAGGCCCGGACCACCGAGCAGCUGGAGGCGCAGGCGCAGAACGCCCAGCUGUGGCUGGCCAACGAGGCGCUGCGGGCGCAACUGGAAGGGGCGCAAGAGCAGCUCCGCAGACUGGAGAGCGACUUGCUGGGCCGUCGGGAGCAAACCCAACGGUGCCGGGGCGGGGGGGGGUGGGGGGCGGGGCGGGGCGGGGUGGGGGCGGGCCCUCAGGGGCGGACCCCGAGAAGGGUCGCGCUUGGAGCUCAGGGCUUCCAUCCCACCCUGUCCCAGCCCCGCCUCCAGGGUCUCCGUGGGGCAGGGUCCUCCAGGGGGUCGUGGGGCACCCCGAGGAGCCUCCCUGCACCCAAAUCACCACCUCCGUCCUGCAGAGACGUGGUCGCGGUCUCGAGGAACAUGCAGAAAGAGAAGCUCAGCCUCCUGCGGCAACUGGAACUGCUCAGGAAUGCUGCCUCUUGAGACCUCUCAGAGCCCUUGGACUCCUAUUCCUCAGGGAGCUGAACACGAGGCUACGAGACGAGAAGGACGUCUGUGAGGCCAAGCGGCUGGGCAGUGGCCACAGGAAGGCUCUGACCACGGCCCCGCUGCUGGGGCCCGCCUGCUGCUGCUGCUGUUGUAGUAGCAGCUGGGCUCGCCCCCCCAGACGCGGCUCUGGCCACCUUCCCAGUGCCCGCUGACCAGCCCGAGUGACUCACUGGGCGUUACUUGGUUACUCGGAGAAGCUGCCCCUUGAAGGCGACUCCUCGUGGCUGGGGGCUGCCCAUCCAGGACGUGGGCUCUACCCAGUAGGCUGCCUGGCCUGCCUGACUUGCAGACGUGAAGGAACUAAUCCUGGGUGGCCAGGGUCUCACUGUGCCUCCCUGCCAGUCCUCACCCUACCCCCAUCCCAUCAAAACCAGCAGAAAACCCCCUCUUCCAAAUAAAGUCCACUGACU